UCUCUGACCCCGUGUCCAAUGAGUACUUCACUACUUCACGAGUUUCAUUAUUUUGUUUACCUGUACAGUGUACAGUGUCUUGUUUGUUUACAUAUGCGCGGUGGAACCCCAGUUGUUUACGCGUUGAAUAAAUCGAGUGGGGAAACUGUGCUUCGAUGACACCGUAAUGGAUAAUAUUAUCGAUGCUCAUUACUUUCUACUCCCUUCGCAGGGAAACAUAUAUUCUCUUUCUAAAUUGUGUAUGUGCAAUGGCAAUAACAAAAUAUUGGCAGCUUCACUCCGAAGAAAAAUAUUUUCGUUUGAGUACAUGUGCUCUGACGGUGCUCUAAUACCUGCUGUAAGAGAAGUUGUAUUCACUUACAUACCAAGUGGAGCAGAAAUCAUAUCUAUAGAUUCAUUCAACAAGAGCACAUCAGGUGAUGAUUUUGUUAUAGGAAUAACAAUUAUAAAGGCAAGCAGUGAAAGCAAUACUGAAACAUAUCUAAAUAUUUAUUCUGAAUGGGAGCCAAACUCAGAAUUCAACCUAGAGAGUGUUGCUCAAAACUGUUUAAUGUUGGAGCUGGAUUUUAUACCAUACCAACUGUAUCAUUCGUAUAUCCUGGUAAAUGAAAAUGAUGAGAACACUAAAGAGGUUGUAUGGUUAUUAUCUGGAAGUGAUAACAAGAUUCAUGUGUUUCGAGAGGACAGAGUAAACCACUGCUACAGUCAAGUUGAAGUAGAUACCUAUUUUCCUGAAUUUUCAGACAUUCCAAGUGUUGUAAUGUGGAUGGAUAUUCGGUAUAAUGAAGAACACACACAACGAUUAACAGCAUAUGGUUGUGAAUGUGGUUACAUGAAGUUAUCAGUUGUUGAUCCACAAAAGAGAGAAGUUAUAACUAGUUGGAGUGCUCGUUUUGCAGGAUCAGUGUCUUCUGUCCGUAUGUUUGAUAGAUAUUCAAGUGUUCAGUGUCCAUCAUUUCUUGGAAAAGAAGAGGAAAAGCUUGCAGAAGAUUCACAAGUUAAUCUGCUUGUAACUAGCACUUUGCAGCCUUCGGUUGUAUAUAUGAAUGUAGCUCAGAAUGGUUUGAACUGUAGCCAUUCAUUACCAUCAAGUGAAGAGUUUGAUGCUGUCCUCUGUUCAUGCAUUGCUGACAUUGACAUGGAUGGAGAGCAGGAAAUAUUACUUGGGACAUACGGACAGGAAAUGCUUAUGUACAAGUACAAAUCUGAUACUUGGGUAUUAUCUGGCAAACGCACAUUUGCAAAUCCUAUUCAUUCAGUGCUGUAUAUUGAUGUGACAGGUGAUGGUGUUAAAGAACUAGUUGUUCUCUCUCUGAGGGGUGUACACAUAUUACAGCAUGAUCCAGAUAUCAUAAAUGAGAAACUGCUGAGAGGAUACCAGGAAAUAAGUAAUCACGAUGAAAGUGACAGAGGCAGUGCUGUGACAAGUUAGAUCCUAAUAUUCCAGUUAACAAACCAGUGGGUGGUGCCUCUGUAAAAGCUUCUCUACAGUAUACGUAUGGACUAAACAAAAGUACAGUUUUUUAGUUUGGUGCGUGAAGAAAUAAUCAUUCAAGCUAAUGAGAGGAAUGUAAAUUAUUUGAAUUAUUAAUUUAAGUAGGUGAAGCAAAAGUGAGUCUUAUCAUCAUUGCUCAGCCAUUUUCUAGAUGAAAAUGCAUUCCUGAUGGGCAGGAAGCACAUACUUGGUCUACUUGGUCAUAAGUAGCAUAAUCAGAAGAAAGAUGUAUUUCGAUACUAAAACUAUAAACAAUUAUUUAAUAUCAUCUGCCAAGAGGGUUAAAUCAUUUAUAGAUCCACAUGCAUCAUUCCAGGAGAUCUGUAUAUUUAUACCUGACUGUGACUGAUGUAUUUCCUUUUCCCAAAUGCUGUCUGCGUACUUCCUCAAACCACAUUUAGUGACAAUAGUUUUAAAAAUGGCAUAUAAUUAUACAGUAUCAUUGCAAGGCAGAAAAGUGGUUGGUAAGGAAUCACAACUGCUGCUUAAUUAAUUUUCUUGCUGACUGUCUAGUUUAUGAUGGCUGUUAUAUGUUAGUCAGUGAGUUCAUCUGGUUUACAGUCUGUAGCUAGUCAUAUUGGAUCUGAGAGUGGUUACUAUUCUCUCCCAAUUUCAGACUGAUACGAUACUAUUACUUUCAUAUAAAUGGAUGUUACCAAAGAUGUAAUAUUGUUUGACUGUAAUUGUAAAUAAUGUUGGCAUAUUAAUAAAUGUU